UCGCCUCAGCCUCAGCCUCAGCCUCACCGUAACGGAGCAGCUCUGUCUCUCUCUCUCUCUCCUCACUUUCCCUCUCCUCCCGAAAAGGCAAAGCGGAAAGGAGGCAGCAAGAGAGAGAAAGAGGCAGCACGAUACGAGUAACAACCAGGAGAGAGAAACGAGGAAAGAGAGAAGCAGAGGCAGAGGCACCUCCCUCCCCCUCCCCCUGCCGGCUUCCCCUGCUCUCCCCCUGCGCCGGUCGGCUGCAGCAGCUGCUGUCCCCUCCCCCUCCCCCUCCCCGAUCCCCAUGCUCUCCCUCUCCUAGCCCGCCGCAACGACCAACCACCCUCCCCGCGGUUGGCUGUCCCCCUCGCCUCCGAUCCGUCUCCGGGGAUCGAUCCGCACUUCCGCACCGCACCGGGCCUAUAUAUAACCCCUCCCACCACCCCCGCGCGCCUCCCGCCCCCGAACCUUCCAGAACCUCACCGAGCUCUCUCCCCCUCCGGCAGCAGCUUCUUCCUUCCCUUCGGGAUGGCCGUAGUCGAGACCUCCGCCGACCACGUCGCCCCCGCCGCCUCCGACCACGGCGCCGCGCCGUACCGCGCCUCGUCGGAGGGGGGCGACGCGGGGGAGCGCGAGAUGCGGGAUCUGGAGGAGCUCCUCUCCAAGCUCAACCCCAUGGCGGAGGAGUUCGUCCCGCCUUCGCUCGCCGCGCACCCCAUGCCGCCGCCUCCCUACGCCGGCUACUACCCCAACGGCCCACCCGCUGCCGGCUUCGCGCCGGUCGCCUCGCCGGGCCACCGCGGGGUCGUCGGCUUCCCCGCCGCCGACGGCCGCGGCAGGAAGAAGUUCGGAGGGUACGGCGGCGGCUACCCCCACGGCGGCAAGCGGCGGGUCAACAGCCGCACCAGCCAGGCGCAGCGCGACGAGGUGAUCCGCCGGACGGUCUACGUCUCCGACAUCGAUCAUCAGGUCACCGAAGAGCAACUGGCAGCACUAUUUAUCAACGUAGGGCAGGUACACUUUUUGUUUUUUGUUUACAUUUACUUUUUGAGAGCACUGAAUAAUCUGAUUUUUUUUGUGAAGGUUGUGGACUGCCGCAUGUGUGGGGAUCCAAAUUCAGUUCUUCGUUUUGCUUUCAUAGAGUUUACUGAUGAGGAGGGUGCAAGGGCUGCUCUAAAUCUGUCAGGAACUGUGCUCGGAUAUUAUCCUGUGAGGGUUCUGCCAUCAAAAACUGCAAUUGCACCAGUCAAUCCAACGUUCCUGCCCAGGUCUGAUGAUGAGCGUGAGAUGUGUGCAAGGACCAUCUACUGCACAAACAUUGACAAGAAGGUCUCUCAGGCAGAUGUGAAACUGUUCUUCGAGUCAAUAUGUGGAGAGGUCUAUCGGCUGAGGUUGCUUGGGGACUACCAGCAUAAUACUCGCAUUGCCUUUGUGGAGUUUGUUAUGGCUGAAAGUGCUACAGCUGCUCUCAACUGCAGUGGUGUUAUACUGGGUUCCCUGCCAAUAAGGGUGAGUCCAUCUAAGACUCCCGUUCGUCCCCGUGCUCCUCGGCCAAUGAUGAACUAGAGUUGUAGGUACAGGAGGUGCCAAUGGCACUGCUUAUAUAUAGAGAGAUCGACAUAUGUGAAAGAGAAAUUAAGAUAUGUCUUUUCUUCUAAGUUAUCCGCUCGAGUGUCUUUUUAUUGUAUCGCCGGUAAGUAUCAAGACUCGAGCGGAGGAGGGGAAAGGAAAAAUUAGAAAUGGUUGGUCGGUGUUUACCUUUUGCACAUAGAGCUUCUUAGAAGCGGGCCUGUUGCUCUUGUCCUUGAUGCAGCAAGGCGAAACUCGUGAACUUUUGUCUUUGUUCAGUUGUUGGUGUCUUGUUUGCUACUACCUGGAAAGUUGCAGCAAGUCGUUUACCUGAAAAAUGAUGAGCACUUGCCAUUAUGCUGUGCCAA